AUGUCAGCUCUCAAAGGUGCCACUGCACCAAUCUACUUCGGUCCAUUCAUUGUCACACCACAGGUAAAUCGACCCUUGACCGAGACAAUCCCCAAUAACCUCAAAACAACACCAACUACACCGGAUCAACGUAUAUUAACUCAACGCAUUUGCCUGACUAACGACUCAUUCCACCCCCAGGUCUUCCACACAACCCCUUUAACCUUUGCCCUGGUAAACCUGAAACCAAUUCUCCCAGGCCACGUCCUAGUCUCCCCACGGCGCGUCGUCCCCCGCGUCGCAGACCUCACCCCCGCCGAAACAAGCGACCUCUUUUUAACGGUGAGGCGAGUGGGUCGCAUGGUCGAGCGUGUAUACAGCGCUACAAGCUUGAACAUCGCCGUUCAGGACGGCGCGCACGCCGGCCAGAGCGUGCCGCAUGUGCAUGCGCAUAUUAUUCCCCGCAAGGCAGCAGAUUUGGAUCACGCCGGCGGCACGGAUGCGGUUUAUGACUUGCUUGAUGGGGAUGAGGGAGACUUAGGGAAGGCCUUCAAGAAUGCCGUUCCUACGGAAGGGGGGUGUCAGUCAAAUGGGGCUGUGAACUCGGGGAGGAGGUCUAGGUUCCCGGUUGUGGAUAAUGACGCGCGCAAGCCCCGUGAGGAAGAGGAUAUGAGGGCUGAAGCGGACAUGUUGGCGCGGGAGAUGGAGAAUGAGCCUCUUGAUUAA